AUGAUCCCAGGGAUCAAUGUUCCCUUCGAGUAUGUGAGCAAAGCCCUCGGUGCCUCCGUCGACGAGCUCAAGCUCCUCAGUUGCUUUCUCCUCUCUUAUCCUCUCGCUGCCAUCCUCAAGCGACUACCGGACAACCAACCGCACCUGCGCAAUCUCUUUGUGGUCGCAAGCUCCCUCUUCUACUUUGUUGGCCUGUUUGACCUAUGGGGUGGAAUAUGGACCUUUCUUGUCGCCUCUGGUGGCACAUACGCCAUAGCAUACUACAUUGAUGGGUCUCUGAUGCCAUGGAUUGUGUUCGUUUUCCUCAUGGGGCACAUGUCUAUAAGCCACAUCCAUCGACAGAUGCUCGAUGAUGCCAGUGUGGUGGACAUAACGGGAGGUCAAAUGGUCCUGAUCAUGAAGCUACACGCGUUCUCUUGGAAUGUCCACGAUGGGAGGCUGAAACCCGAACUUUUGAACGGUAGCCAGAAAGAUCGUGCCCUCUACAAGAUGCCCAACCUCUUGGACUACGCUGGCUACGUGUUUUUCUUUCCUUCAGUUUUCACCGGACCGGCAUUUGACUUUGUUGACUACCGGCGGUGGAUCGAAACGAGCAUGUUCGAUGUCAAGCCGGGAGAAAAGGGGCCUGCAACUCGAAAAGCUCGCCGAAUCCCUCGAUCUGGUCGACCGGCUACGUACAAGGCCAUUAUAGGCGUGGCGUGGAUCCUGCUCUUCCUCAACUUCAGCGGCUGGUACAACGUCAAGCUACUUCUUUCGGACGAGUACAUGCAAUACUCGUUCCCACGUCGCGUAUGGCUGAUGUAUAUGCUCGGCUUCACGUCUCGACUCAAAUAUUACGGUGUCUGGUCGCUCACAGAGGGAGCAUGUAUCAUGGCCGGCAUAGGCUACAAUGGAAUGGACCCGAAAACAGGCAAGCCGCUCUGGAAUCGGUUGGAGAAUGUAAACGCCUGGGGCAUUGAGACGGCACAGAACUCACGCGCAUACCUUGACAACUGGAACAAGAACACCAACAAAUGGCUACGCAAUUACAUCUACUUACGAGUCACGCCGAAAGGUAAGAAACCCGGCUUCCGUGCCACACUGGCCACGUUUGUCACUUCGGCAUUUUGGCACGGCUUCUACCCAGGCUACUACCUGACCUUCUUGCUCGGUGCGUUUGUUCAAACCGUGGCCAAGAAUUCCAGGCGCUAUAUCCGUCCAUUCUUCCUCACUCCCGACGGCACAAAGUCGACAAAGUACAAGAUCUACUACGAUAUCGCAGGCUACCUCGUCACACAGUUUACGUUCAGUUUCGUCACGGCGCCGUUUGUGAUUCUCGGAUUCAAUGACUCCCUGAAAGCAUGGGGUCGAGUAUACUUUUACGCCGUCAUUGAGAUUGGUGUGGCCAUGGCCUUCUUCGCCUCGCCAGCAAAGAGAUGGUUGAUCGCCAAGCUCGACAAGCGCAACCACCCGUACCUUCGAAAGACCCUAACUCAAGAGACGAACUACCCGCCUUCGCUAGGUCUCCCGAGUGAUCCUGGGCGUGAGAUCGACGAGGCCAUUGAGGAGAUUCGCCAGGAAGUCGAGACUAGGCGCAGAAGAGGGAGUCUCGUCACCAUGCCGACCGGUGAGAGUUUAAAGAGGGAGAUUGAAGCCAGGACGGGACGAAAGAUACAAUUCCCCGAAUUCAAAUUCGGCCAGGCAGCAGCCGCGAGCGGAUCUGACGUUUCACGAGUCACCGAACAGAAGAUCGUGAAAUCGAAGGCCGCGAAAGCUGAAGGAGGAGCAGGACUGGCGCCUACGAACCCGCCCGGUAAGAAAACGAUAUGA